UAUCCCCAAAAAUCCCAAAGAUGCAAACUUGAACCCAGAAAUCAACAUGGGUUACUCUGUAAUCACACCACCACCCACUCCUCCACCUCUUCUCCACCCGAACCCGAAUCCGAAUCCGAAGCCCAAACCCAAUGCCCUCUCCCUGACCCGACGCUCCCUCCUCCUCUCCUCCACCUCCCUCUCCCUCACCACCCUCCCCUCCUCCGCCGCCGCCUCCCCUCCGCCGCCCGACACCACCAUCACCGACCGCGUCUUCAUGGACUUCAGCCUCUGCCCCACCUACUUCCGCUGGUCCUCCGAGCAACCCGUCCUCUGCCCCGACCCGGUCCCUCUGGGCCGGGUCGUCCUGGGCCUCUACGGCCACCACGUCCCCAUCACCGUCGCGAACUUCAAGGCCAUGGUCACCUCCGCCGCCUACAAGGGCACAACCGUCCAUAAACUCUUCCCGGGUCAAUUCUUCCUCGCGGGUCACCAGGGCGAUAAACCCGGCGACGUCCGGCGGCCCAUUGGCCUCGUCGCCCCGAACACCGAGACCGUCGAUUCCAGGGCGUUUGAGUUGACUCACUCCCGGCCAGGGCUUCUCUCCCUUAGUCUAUCGGAGAACGACGACGACGACGAGAUCAAGCUCGACCCGGAUUACCGAAACGUUGAGUUCUCCAUCACUACUGGACCCGGCCCAUGUCCUCAGCUCGAUUACAAGAACAUUGUCUUCGGCUCAGUACUCGAAGGUUUGGAUGUUGUGACAGCUAUAGCAGCUAUACCGACGUACAGGCCAUCGGAGAGAAUACAGCAGUUCAACGAUUUUGCAACGUUUAUCGGAGAUGAUAGAGCAAUGCAGGCUCGGGCGCUGUGGAAUAAACCUCUCAAAACUGUGUAUAUCAGUGACUGUGGUGAGCUCAAAGUUGCAAAGCCUUCCCUUUCUCCUCCUAGUCUUCCUUAACACUUGAAAACAGCCGUGUACAUUCAACAUUGCAUAUAAUGUAAAUGUUCGUUAUUGUUAUUAGUGCUCACUGCAUCACUGAUCAAUGAUCACUGUGUUUUAUAAGAGGCUUCUUGAAUAUUGGAGACUGUAGAUCUUGUUUCGGAUAUGAAGAUUUUGUUAUAAACACAGUUCAAGUUGUUUAACAUGCUUUAUA